AUGGCGACAGCAAUCAGACCCUCCCCUAUUCAUACCCCUCCUACAUCCUCCCCACCUACACCACCUACCAAUUAUCCGACCUUCCCGAGACUAUCAUCUCCUUCAAUUAACAGGAAUGCUUCGACAUCAUCAUCGCGAUCUACGGCUACCACUUCCUCCACAUCAUCAGUACAAGCUGCACCAAUGAGACCGCCCCCCAUCGAGACCUCCACAGCAGCUACCAGCCGGUCUCAGCUACCUAGUCGAGCGGAGAGCGGUACGGAGAGUGACGCGGGAUACUCUGCACGACGGGGCUAUGGUGGUCCAGAAUUAGGUUCGGUAGGAGGGAGAGGAUGGGGUAGGAAUGGACCCAGAUCAGGUAGAAUGACACCAUCUCAUAUCAUCACUACGCCCUCACAUUCUCCCCCCAACACAAAUACUUCAAACGCUCACUGCAAUAGGCCUUCAACCUCUGAUUCAGCAGCUACGGUCUCACCUUCUACUCCACGCGCACCGAGAUAUCACGGGAACAGUCAAGAUCCCACGUCACCUGGUCCGUUAAAAGUGACCAUCUCGCUCGAUCCAAUGGACACGGUCGACCACGAUCAUCAUUCUAACACACCGCCAUCCCAUGCUUCUUCGCCCAUUCGAGGAAGAGAAGGACAUUUGACCGCCCCAUCCUCCCCGACUGACCCAUCUCGAUCCCCAGCAUUUGUAGGAGGCAAACAGCGGACGUUGAGUGUUGAUGCUGGACCGAGUUGGGCCCACCCCGGCAAAAGAAGUGGAUCAGCAGAUAGGGAGAGAGAGAGGAGACAGAGUCAAGUCUCGACUCAUUCUCAUUCUGGUUCAGGCCAGAUUAAGAAACCGAGCAUUAGAGACUUUGUACUUGGUGAGGAACUGGGUCAAGGCAGUUACAGUACCGUAUUCGCUGCAACUGCUGCUUCCUCAUCUUCCAACCAAUCUCCCACGUCUGCUAAACUGCCUCGGAAGUACGCCAUCAAGAUCAUCAAUCAGCAUCACCUGGUACAAGAGAAAAAGGUGAAAUAUGCUAUGAUUGAGAGGGAUGCUUUGGUGAGGUUAUCAACUCCACGUCAAUCCACUUCAUCUACCGCAGCGAGAGGUCAUCGACGGGGUUUAUCAAGCUCCUCUUCGGGUGGAUACGGCCCAUCACCUGGAACGGCUAGUAAACGCAAGUCUAUCGCUAGUAUAGGUAGUUCUGCGGGUACAGCCAGGAAAGAUUCAGGUGCGACUGUAACUCCUGGAAAUAACAGAGAUAGGUUGUCGAUCGUUACUACGGAUAGUGGACUGUCUUCAUCACCUCUAUCAAGCAAUGCGCCGUUAUCUCCUGUGAUGAAGACUUUGGCAGGUAGAAGACCGUCGAGGAACCUGGAACAAUAUCCUGAUAUGGUACCGGAACAGACUGAAGUCCUGUCCAGUGAAGAUAUACCGACCAGUAGUAGAUCCAGACCGCCUUCUCCGGUGAAAGAAGAACCUUCUAACCUGUAUUCAACCCCAACUCAAUCUACGCGUUCGAAAGUCGAUGAUCAUCCAUUACCUCCUCCAUCUACUGGAUACUCCACACCUGAGAUUCAGGGUAGCCCUAACAUCGGCUACGAAUCUAAUCAUUCACGCUCGACUAGAGAUAAUAGAGGUCAAACACCUAAGAAGAGGAGACAGUCUCUCGCUCCGUCCGAAAGAUCGGUGAAGUCUAGUAGUGGUAGGACAGGUCAGGCUCAUCCGGGUGUGAUCAGAUUGCAUUCCACUUUCAAUGAUAGUACCUCUCUGUACUUCGUACUUGACAUGGCGAGUAACGGAGAGCUGGCAACCUACAUCCGAAAAUACGGAUCCCUCGAUUUGAUUUCUGUCAAAUAUUACGCCGCUCAGUUAAUCGAUACCAUCGAAUUCAUGCAUGAGAAGGGGGUUGUGCAUCGUGACCUUAAACCAGAGAACAUCUUACUGGACGAUGACAUGCGAAUCAAAAUCACCGAUUUCGGAUCCGCUAAACUCCUUAACAAAGAUGAAGAACCUGUUGAUGAUGUGAAGAAGAGAUCUUUUGUUGGGUCGGCAGAUUUCGUUAGUCCUGAAGUAUUGAGGAACGAACCAGCCUCUGCAGCUUCGGACAUAUGGGCAUUCGGUUGUAUCUUAUAUCAAUUCUUGACUGGGAAACCGCCCUUCCGAGGAGCGACUGAUUACCUAACCUUUCAGAAGAUACUGAAAAGGGAGAUGGAAUUUCCGGAUGGGUUUGACGAGGAUGCAAAGGCAUUGGUGGAUCUGAUCUUAAAUCUUGAUCCUGCCCAACGUCCAUCCGUCCAAGAUAUCAAAUCUCAUCCUUUCUUCGCUCUUACAGAUUUCUCGAAUAUCUGGACAAUUCCCGCUCCGGCAAUGGCCACCGGUCUUACACAACCCGUGGCGACCCUUGCCAAUGUCGCUCCAGAUUCUGAUCUUUGGGCGGUAUUCGAUGACGAAGUCUCUGAUGGGGGAUUCGAGUAUGAUCGGGAUGAAGAGGAUGAACACGAACAACCGCAUGAGCAAGAAGGUGAACAUGACGAAUCGAUCGACCAUUCCAAAGAACCUAGACUCGAUAGACAUGCCGCUGCUCACGCCGUACGAAAUGUCGAUCAUCCUCAUAAAUCCGUUACAUACUCCCCUACCGAGGGGCCUCAUAUAGAUAUAGCCGAACAGUUAGAUCCACCCAAACCAUCUUAUUUAUCUCAUGGCAAUAACAGUCGGGAUGAGAGAAAAUCUAGAGGAUGGUCUCAUGGAAGUUCCAGUUCUGGUGGGAAUAGAUCUGCCUUGACAGGAUGGCUGGAAUCGAUGAGAAUAGGUAAUCACCAUUCUCCAGCUGGAAUACGAUCGAAUAGAACUAGUAGGACUAGUGUCAGAUCUGAGGAAUUGAGGGUUAUGAUGGGUAGUCAAACUUCUUCGAGCGGUACGACACCUGUGAAUCAACAAGGUUCGACCAAAUUGGUGAAUGGGGAGAUGAAGAGGUUGAAUUUGGGUAAUAUGGAUGAUAACAGUAAAUGGUCUUCAUUGUUACUAUCAAACGAACGAAUUGUCUUUUCUUCCCCUAUAAACGCUAGGACAUCUUCACCUUCCCUCCACCUCCCUUCAUUCCUCAUGCCAGCAUUCAAGAAACGUCAUUUGAUCCUGACCGACUUCCCACGACUGAUCACCGUCAAAGAUGAUACCUCUUCUCCCACACAUGCACCAGGUCAAGGCCAUUCACACUCACAUACACCUUCGUCUUCAUCCGCCGGCGAUACCGAUAACGGAAAUAUGAGAGUGAAAGGUGAAUGUGUCUUCGUAGUGAGACCGUCGAACGCUACGCAUCAUUCAUCAAUGUCUAAUGGAAGCACCAUCAACCCCAACCAGGGCACUGGCACUGGCACUGGGACCGGCGGUGUGUCAAAUAAAGUAAUUGAUGUUCAGGAGAAAGGAUCUAAAGGAUUUAUCGUUCAGACUGCCGGUACGACAUAUAUGUAUACUGCCGAUUCGACGGAAUUGAAAGAUCAAUGGCUGUCAACUAUCAAGAGAGUAACGGGAGUUUGA